AUGGUGAUACUGAAAGAUAACGUGCGCCUCGGAGGCGCCCGCGAAUCGGAUAUAUUGCUGUCUUUUUUCAUCCAAUGCGUGUACAAGGUUGUUUUUUCAAGCCAACUCAGUCGUCGAUCAACACUGCCGAAGGACGACCGCUGCUGUUCGGAACAUAUUUACAUCAUGGCGAGCAGAAGAGUAUUGAAAGAAAGAGAAAUUAUUUCCUUUUUGACACAAGAAGAUGAAAUCCCAGAUGAUGGCAGUGACAGCGAAAUGGAGGAUCAUGUAAGUGAAGACGAUAUUCAAAGUGAUACUGAUGACGAGUACAUAGAUGAUGUCAUUGAUGAAAGCUUGAAUACCUCAACACCUCCUGAUGACACCUCAACAUCUCCCAAUGAAACCUCAACAUCUGAUGACACCUCAACACCUUCUGAAAAUACUAUACAUGAUCACCGCAUAGUUAUUCCGCCUCAUAGAGUAAUUAGAGAGCUUGUUCAGUGGACAAAUGUGGAGAUGUUGAAAAAGCGCACUGAUAGUAUGACUAGUGCUACAUUUGCAGACACGAAUCCUACUGAGAUUAAAGCCUUCAUUGGAAUACUUACUCUCAGUGCUGCAAUGAAAGAUAAUCAUUUAUCAACCGUUGAGUUGUUUGACAGUUCAUUUACGGGCUCGAGAUAUGUAGCAGUUAUGAGCAGAGACCUAUUUGAUUUCAUUGUUAGGUGUCUUAGAAUGGAUGACAAGACUCUACGUCCUGCUCGUCGCCAACAAGAUCCGUUUAUACCAGUUCGAAAGGUUUGGGAUCUGUUUUUAGCCCAAUGCAAAAUGAAUUACUCUCCUGGAAGUAAUGUCACUAUUGAUGAACAAUUACUGGGGUUCCGCGGUAGAUGCCCGUUUCGAAUGUAUAUACCUAAUAAACCAACAAAAUAUGGUAUAAAAAUUCCAAUGAUGAAUGAUAGUGGAACCAAUUAUAUGAUAAAUGCGAUGCCGUACAUUGGAAAAGCUACAAAUACAAACGGUUUACCACAAGGCGAAUAUUACUUGAAAGAGCUAUCACGGCCAAUUCAUGGUACUAACCGCAAUAUAACGUGUGACAAUUGGUUCACGUCUAUUCCUGUCUCGAAAUCAUUACUUGCUGAACCAUGUAAAUUGACAAUUGUGGGCACGGUACGGUCAAACAAAAGGGAAAUUCCCGAAGAACUGAAAAACACCCGUUCUCGACCAGUGGGUACGUCUAUGUUCUGUUUCGAUGGACCUUUGACCCUACUAUCAUACAAGCCGAAGCCGUCGAAGAUGGUGUAUAUGCUGUCCUCAUGCGAUGAAGGCGCUGUUAUAAAUCCUACAACUGGUAAACCUGAAAUCAUUAUGUUCUACAACCAGACAAAAGGCGGCGUCGACACAUUUGACCAGAUGUGUUCUUCGAUGUCUUGUUGUAGAAAGAGUAACAGAUGGCCAAUGACAAUGUUUUAUGGCAUAUUGAAUAUAGCUUUUAUAAACUCAUAUGUUAUUUACACACACAAUGUUUUGUCAAAACAAGAAAAACCAUUAAACAGAAGAGAAUAUAUGAAAAGACUAAGUACUGAACUGUCAAAACCGUGGAUGAGAUCUAGAUUGGAAAUCCCUACUUUAUCGAGGCGUUUGAGAGAAAACAUUGAGAAUAUCCUGCCACAAACGAAUCAAGAGGCUUCUCAAGAAACUGAAGAGGAACCUCCGGCUAAAUGCAUAUUAAAGAAGGAACAGAUUGAAAAGUUCUCACCAGAUGUUCAAUCUGUGGGGCUAGAGGAUUCGGAUUCGGCAAGUGUAUCAGAUGUGGCCAGCGUGUGCAGCGCUGCCACCACACCCGAAGGUCCGGGUUGCUGA